GUCAUAUAAGAUAAUGCAAAGAUAAUACAAAUAUUACAGAAAAACAACAAAAUUAAAUGAUAGCCAUUUACAACAAAACUGCGAAGGACUUGGCUGUUUGUUGCUUGCUUGUGCUAACAUUGGUUAUUCAUUCAACUUUUGCAGAUAGAAGAAGGUUCCCAGAACAGUGAGCAGCUACGGGAGGAAGAUGACCUUGAAACUGGGAUUGAGGGCGAUGACCUUGGGAUAGAGGAUAUCGACCUGCCUGAAGGCAAUGAUCUUGAGGACAACUGCGAACAACUGUUUGAUAUUGAACACCAUGUCCUUGAAAACAACAGAGCUGAUGCUACAGUAGAAGGUGUUUCAGAAUGGUGACUCCCAAAGGAAGGAUUAUCCACCACCUGUUGUGGGGAUAGAGUUUGAAUCGUAUGAUGACGCCUAUAGUUAUUAUAAUUGCUAUGCUAAGGAUUUGGGAUUUGCUGUAACUGUGAGGGUUUUAAGACAAGCAAGGAAGCGCACAGCCAUAGAAAGGGAACAAGAACUGGUUGUCUUGCCAUGUUAAGGUUGAGGUGGAGGGUGGAUGAAGUCAAGCCUGAGCACAAUCACUUGUUUGAUCCUGAGAGAGCACAAAAUUCAAAGUCCCACAAGAAGCUGGAUGCAGAUGUGGAAGUACGGAUAUUAAAUUGUAUCGAACAGCUGCUGGAGACCCACUGGGCUAUGGAAGCACACAGCACGCCUCAAGUUUUAUUUUGUUUUUGUUUUUCAUCGUAUUUUAUUACAACAGAUCAAACAUUAUUCUCCAUCAAACAUCAACCAACAAACUCAAAAUCCAUCUUAGACAUGUGUUGCACAACCAACGUCAAGCGGUAUUGCAGUUCAACGUAUUUUUGAAUUUUAUUUAAUUUUUUUUAAUUUAAAAUUAAUUUUUAUGUAUUUAUUUAUUGUUUUACCUGUUUAUGUAAAAAAUAAAUUUUAAAAAAUUAAAAAAUAUAUUAUUUUAAUAUAUUUUAAAUACAAACUACUUUUAAAAAAGAAAGCUUAAUUAGAAAAAACGCAGUGGUAUUUUUAUAAAUAUGAUCGGACAGGGCAUCGAUUGGAAAUUAACCGAAGUUGCGAGGAUUCGGUAUAAAUACACUAAAAAGAACGGCACCCAUAAAGCAAAAUGGAAGAAAUUUCUUCAACUAAAUCUUUUUCUCCCACUGAAGUCCCUCAGCUCCAUUCUGAAACAAAAAUCACUCACAUAAAUUUUCCUUAAUCCUUGUUGGGUUUUGAAGCUGAGUUGGUGGUUUGGUGCUUGGUUUCUUUACAGGUAGAAAGAGGGGUCUCUCUUGAUUUUCAGAUUAUUGCUUGUUAGCACCAAAAGAAAAGAAAGGAAAGGAAAAGAUUGUUGCUUGUUUAUGUCAGAUCCUGAUUAAUUCUCUUUUGGAGGUAGAUAACUGAAUGAUUGUGCAUUUCUUGAGAUGUUGAAGAAGAAUCUAUGUUUUCGUGGUCAUGGGCUUUCUCUGUAAGGAUUCUUAAUGCCAUGGAAGAGAAAUGGAAGAAGAGUGUCUUAACACAGAAUCGGUGGGAAAUGAUGAUGCUGCUGAUGAAUGUGGGAUUGAAGGAGAUUGUGCGAUGACGGAAUAUGUCAAUCAGACUGGUGUGAUUGAGAACCCCCUGCCUCCUUCCGUUGGCAUGGAGUUUGAGUCCUAUGAGGACGUGUAUUACUUUUACAAUUGCUAUGCCAAGCAACAGGGAUAUGGGAUUCGAGUAAGUAAUACAUGGUAUAGGAAGAGUAAAGAAAGAUACAGAGGAAAACUUAGCUGCAGUAGUGCAGGCUUCAAGAAGAAAAGUGAAGCAAACCGACCAAGACCUGAAACAAGAACAGGCUGUCCAGCGAUGGUGAAGUUCAGGUUGAUGGAAAACAAGAGGUGGAAAAUUAUUGAAGUCGAACUUGAGCACAAUCACUUAAUUACCCCAGGAAGCGGUAAAUUCUAUAAAUCUCAUAAAAUUAUUGGUCCUGGGACCAAAAGGACAUUGCAGUUGGAUGGUCCUGAAGAAGUACAGAAAAUUAAGCUGUUUCGCACUGUGAUUGUUGAUGCUGAGGGCAAUGGAGGUGUGGAUACUGAUGGAGGACAGUUUGGGAAUGAUGUUCUCCUGCCCAGUCAAUUGAAGCUCAAAGAAGGAGAUGCCCAAGCUGUUCAAAGUUUUUUUUUCCGCUUGCAAUUGAUGGAUCCCAACUUCUUUUACGUGGUAGAACUUAAUGAGAAAGGAUACAUGAGGAAUUUGUUUUGGACUGAUGCAAGGUCUAGGGCUGCGUAUGGUUAUUUUUGUGAUGUAAUUGCAAUUGACACUAUGUGCUUGACAUACAAAUUUGAAGUACCACUGGUUGCAUUUAUUGGAGUAAACCAUCAUGGACAACCUAUCCUAUUGGGAUGUGGUAUGCUUGCCGAUGAAACAACCGAAUCAUACACGUGGCUGUUGAGGGCAUGGCUUACAUGUAUGUUAGGACGUCCUCCACAAGCUAUCAUCACUGAUCACCAUAAGACCUUGCAAACUGCUGUCGCUGAUGUUUUCCCGAGAGCUUCUCAUUGUUUUUAUUUGUCACGUAUCGUGCAAAGAAUUCCAGAGACUCUGGGAGAAUUGUUUGAUUUUGAAGCAAUUAAAGUAUCAUUGAGUAAAGUAGUUUACUGCUUUCUCAGGCCUGAGGAAUUUGAAGCAGCUUGGGAAGAGAUGACACAGCAUCAUGGAAUCAGGGAUCAUAAAUGGAUCCAAACAUUAUAUGAGGAUAGGAAAAGGUGGGUUCCAGCCUAUUUGAAAGAGACAUUUCUGGCAGGAAUGUUACCGCUCCAGCAAAAUGAAACUGCAGCAUCAUUUUUUGAAGGGUAUCUGGAUAGACAUACAUCUCUCAAAGAAUUUAUGGACAACUAUGAUCAAGCUUUACAGGCGAAUCGUCAGCUUGAAUCCUUGGCCGAUAUGGAUUCGAGGAAUUCAAGUUUUAUGCUAAAAUCAAGGUGUUUCUUUGAGCUGCAACUCUCAAAGUUGUACACAAAUGAAAUCCAGAGGAGAUUUGAAAGGGAGGUGGAGGGUAUGUACUCCUGUUUUAGCACAAGACAAGCUUAUGUUGAUGGACAGGUGAUGACAUAUUUAGUAAAAGAAGAAGUUGAAGUUGAAGGAAGUAAGCGGGAAACUAGAGAUUUUGAGGUCAUGUACAAUGCAUCCGAAAUGGAUGUUCUUUGUGUUUGUGGAUUGUUCAAUUUUAGUGGGUUCUUGUGUAGGCAUGCAUUGAGUGUCCUUAACCAAAAUGGCUUGGAGGAGAUCCCGCCUCAAUACAUCCUCACACGGUGGAGAAAAGAUAUGAAGCGGUCUUAUGUUCUUGAUCACAGCUGCCGCGGUAUUGACAUCAAUAACCCAAUUCACAGGUAUGAUCAUUUGUACAAAUGCAUUGUUCGGGUUGUAGAGGAAGGGAGGAAAUCACAAGACUGUUCCAAGGCUACGCAGCAAGCUUUGGCCGACAUGUUGAGCAAGCUUCAUCUUGUAGAGGACCGGCCACCGGCCAUGUAAUACGCAAGAGUAGUGAAAAGUAGAAGAUAAGUGUGUGUGAUUGUAUUGCUUCUCUGUCAAGAAAGGCUGUAAGCUCAGGGAAACCAUGCAGCUGACAUAUUCGAAAAAUGUGUCGGAAUAAUCUGAAGAAAUUGUCUUGUUGCUGGAAAAAAAAAAAAUGAUUUCCUGGAAAAAAUCAUUAAUUAGAAGUCGCAAGUUGUUCCUCGAGGACUUCCCAGUAGGGGUGAUCAUUUUCGGUUCGGUUCGGUUUUUUCCUAUAAAAACCAACCAAACCGAAAUUUUUUUUUUUUUAAAAAGCAACCGAAACCGAACCGAAACCGAGUCAAACCGACCGGUUUCGGUUCGGUUUGGUUCGGUUUUUAAUAUAAAAAAACCGAGAAAACCUAUAAUAUAUUUUGGGCUGUUUGUAAUGGGUUUUUAAUGGGCUUUUUGAUGGGUUUUUAAUUAAAUUUCUGAUGGGCUUGUAAUUAAUGAUAAUAUUGUCUACUUUUCUUAUAAGAUUCUUAACCAAAUCAAUUUUUUUU